GCUUGGCGAUUCCCAUACAGCUGACCUGACUCGACCACCGCGACUCUGCGCGCCUCUGAUCAUCCAACGAUGAAUAAUCGAUAUUUACCAUUUCAAAGAUUCAUUAUUCACUUUGUUCUUUCGCUAUAUCUUUCUCCCUUUCCAUCGCGACGUUGACGAAUGGCUGCGAACACACGGGGCGCUACUGGAAUCUCACUUUAUAGGUGAUAACCUUUCCUGAACCUGCCCACAUUGCGGGAGAGGAGGCGAAACGCGACAAACGGCGUUUGUAUUCUUUAAUCCUGGGCCGGGCGAGGACGACGUAGAAUGCUGCUCUGUCCCAUCGCCAAUUCGAACUCGUUCAUUAGUCGAAAUCGGACAACGGCAGUAGCAGAAUCGGAACGCGGGUUCCGUCUCGGCUCCGCAGUCAACCCAAUACAGGAACCAGACCCAGAUACAAUCGGACAAACAUUGCCAUCCAAGUAGCCAUUGCGUUGCAACCAAUCAUCGUAGUGGGCAUUCGUGAAGGGCAGUGCUUCAGGUGUAGGAACGAAGUAGGCGCUAUUUUUCGCAUCAAGGGCAGAAUGUGUUAGGCGCGGUAGGCGAGUGGGAGUGUCGCGGUGUGGAGGAGUGUGAUAAGCGUUCGCGAUAAGAGCGCGUUGUUGAUCACGCUUGAUAACGCGUGAGUCAUCGCCAGUAGUAAUCGAUACGAAUUGUAGUGGCGAACCCAAACAAUCGUAAAGUCCGGUUUGCGGGAACCUCGCAGUAACCCGUAGACCAGUCUGGAGGCUACACUUUGGACCGACAUCGAAAGAGCGCGUUUGCGACGAAUUUUUUUUUAACAAGGAUAGCAGCCAUAGCUCACUAGCAACAGCGAUGCCCUCCUGCAGCGGAUUAAUUGAUGUGAUCAAAUACCCCAGGGCUCUGUUCCGGACGGUGUUUGUGAUAGCGAACAACAUCUAUUGCGUCCCAACGUAUCUGGUAUGGAUGUUUCUGCUGUUACCGUUGAAGAAGAUCCACGAAAAUUACUACUACAAAAUCGAGGGAAUCCUGUUCCACUGGCUGCUGGCGAACGUGUCCAUGUGGUCCACAACGGCCGGGUAUGAUUUGGUUGAAAUGGGUGACGAUAUUGGUCCAGCGUUGGACGAACGAACGCUGGUAAUUGCCAACCAUCAAAGUACUUCAGACGUGCCACUGUUGAUGGCGGCUUUCAACGUGAAAAAAGGAGUGCUGCCGAACAUUAUGUGGAUCAUGGACCGUAUGUUCAAGUAUACCAACUUCGGAGCGGUCAGUUUACUGCAUCAGGAUUUCUUCAUUGCAUCGGGCAAAUCAAAUCGAGAAAAAUCACUGGUGGAAUUGAAAUCUCAUCUCAAAAGUUCAUACAUUCCACGCAAGAGAAAGUGGAUGGUGCUUUUCCCGGAAGGAGGCUUCCUCCGAAAAAGGAAGGAAGUUAGUCAAAGAUUUGCGGAGAAGAACAAUCUGCCAACGCUGCACCAUGUGACGGUCCCGCGGGUAGGGGCCAUGAAAGCGAUCGUAGAUGUUCUCGGCUCGCCGGAAUCGCCCUAUCGGGACGAGGAGAAACUGAUCAACAAUGUAGACUAUGUGGACAGCACCAUUACAACCGUUACCGAUGAAUUCAAUCAUAAUUUGACGACAACCGGGUUCACAGACUUAGAUCACCAUCAGCAGCAGCAGCAGCAGCAGCAGCAACAACCAAAGCAGAAUGAUGCCAUGAACAACAGCAGUAGCACCAUUAUCAAUAGUGAAGCAAUAAGUACCGAUGACUGUGAUAGUUUUAAGGAUUCACCACUCACCAAGCUGAACGGCAAACUGAAUGACUGUUUAGAGUACAUUCUGGACAUUACCAUCGGGUAUCCCAAUGGGAAGCCACUAGACUUACCAAAUAUUGUGCACGGCCUUAGGAAUCCGUGCCAGACUUAUUUAUUCUAUAGGUUAUACCGUAGCUCGGAGGUUCCUCGUGAUAGCGAAUCUCUUACCCAGUGGCUCUACGACCGAUUCAUCGAAAAGGAGAAGCUGCUUGAUGAGUUCUACCGGACCGGAAUGUUCCCGUGCGGCUCGUCGUCGAUGUUGCCGACCGUGAUACAGCAGGAUCUGCUCCGAUUCCUUCUCAUCCAUUUGUUCUUUAUUACCUCCACCUACGUCCAUUACCAGUUGAUACUGAUGCUUAUCAAUUACUCGAAUGUUAUGUACGUGUAUCUGCUAAGCGAUAGCUAAGUUCUGUCGUCGUCGUCGUUGAGGAGUGGUCGGAGUUGCGAUGAGGUGAGUGAGAAUCAUUUAAGCACAUUAACAAAAACUAAAGACAGGUUUAGUAGAUAUUUAUGAUCAUGCCGAGAGAACGAACGCACGAUUCCAUGUUUUCAGGAGUGCUCAAAAGAGUGGCACAUUAAGUUUAGAAACAGCACUGGUCAGACGCAGCAAGUAAUCUUAUGAAAAAAUGAUGGCAACAUUGUAACAACAUUCACAAACGGCAGCAAAUUAAUUAUUCAAACUAGUUCGUAUAUUGUCCUAUUUUUUGGAUUUCUUAGAAACUUUCCUUUACGUCUGGUCCACAAGUAUAAAAUAGUCUAACUCGUGUUAGAAAAAAUAAUUUCCCAGUUGUAAUAAAUUACAUAUAUUGUGUGUGUGACGCCAACAAUCGUUUUACAAAAGCUGACAAACUUAAAUAAAACACAAUAAUGAUUACAAAUAGAGUAUCAUUGGAAACUUUGUGAACGUUUCAGACAAGACAAAUAAAGCUGAAAUGUAAAUGUUGAACAAAAACUACAUUUAAUGGUCAAAAAAGCAAACAAACAAUGCAUUACAUAAAACAAUUCAAAACUAAGUGGAUGAUACCGAAAAACACAAACUAAACAGGCAGUUUUACACACAAGUUACAAUCCAAAUGAAAAAGAUAACUCGUUUGCUGAGGUAUGUACUGAUUUCCUUAGUUGUAGAAGUUUUAAUCCCUAGUUUAAAUCUUUCUUCGAUGUACAUUGUAAAUAUAAUCUAUAUAUUUUCUAUACAAUCACUUGAGUUAACAAUCAGGAUACGAUCGGAUCGAUUUAAAUCAGACCUGCCAAAGUCUGGAGAAACAAAGCGAAACGGGACCGCCUCUCUUCUGUACUGUGAGACGUGCGAAAAAGUAAAAAUGAAACGCUUUUGCAAAUGCGAGUAUGUGUGGACGGACGAGAAUGAUGAGCGUUAAUUUUGUUUAAGCAUCUAGGGUGGUUUUCGUUUGCACCUUUGCUGAAGUAAAUGUAUAGCACAAACUGGGUCGUACGGGAACGCGGAACCCCAGACAAGAAAUCGAUCGUGACCGAUAGCUUUUGUGUACUUUGGCCACCCUACUGGGUGGCGGAUUGAGAAAGGCAUUGCCCGAUCGAUCAAUUUAACAUUACCAAUCUAAUCGCAGCAGAAAAAAAAGCAGUAAAAAUGUUCCUUUUUCCUGUUUUGAGAAGUGAGAAAUUAUUGAAAAAAUAAAAUGUCAUUUCAUCGUA